CAGGCAGACCGGACCCAACUGUGUCAGUGGCUGUCGACCAGCCGGGGUGUGAGCACUUGUUUGGUCUUAAGUGCUGUGCUGUGACGGUGGGCUCUUGUGUGUUCUUCCGUGGGAGGGUGUGCUGUGUUACGCUUACAUGUUCUGUGCUGUUACGCUGAGCGGUGCUGUGCUAUAAUUAUAUAUUAUAUACUGUGUAUCCUACAACCCGUGUUAGCUAGCUUCUGUGACUCGCCCGACACACUAUUGAAUUGUAAAUUCGCGCCAUGGAGAUAUGGCGGGUGUUGUUGGUGUUGGCGCUGACCACGACGGCGGCGGUGAUGGCGGAGUGGGCGGACGUGGAUGACUCUGACGUGGGCGGCAAGAGGGUGUUGAUCCUGCACCCCAUGUACGCGGCCUCGCAUGUCCUCACACUGCGUGCCAUGGCCCGGGCCCUGGUCGACAGGGGUCACCAGGUGACGGUGGUGAGGUGGCAGGACACCCACCAGUACCCUUCUGCCGACUAUCCUGGCAUCGUAGAGUUCGUGCUGGCCAUCAACAACUCUGACGGCACCGUACCCCACAUGACUCAUGAGGAGAGAGCCAGCUUCGUGAUGCCCCAGGAGCUGAUGUGGGGCCACGGGACGUCAUGGACGGCGCUGCCUGUGGACGCCUUCAUGACGGUGGCAGCCUUCUGCAGGACGCUGCUCGGGGACCUGCCUCUCCGGCAUCACCUCAGACAUCAGCGCUUCCACGUCGCCGUCGUAGACCUCAUCUAUAAUGAGUGUAGUCUGGCGCUGGCGCAUGAUUUGGGUAUUCCUUCGGUGGGGUACUGGGCGUUCACAUUCGCUGGAGGAGAACCUCAAUACACGACAGCCUUCAGCCCGCCGUCAUCAGUGCCAUUCAUACUAUCACACUACCGGGACGUGAUGACCUUCAAGCAGCGUCUCGUAAACCACAUCCACGCCCUCGGCAGUCACGUCGUUAUGCAGGUUCAGCUGGCAGUGACGGGAUGGCAGAUCAAGCGGUACCUGCCGUCCUGCCCUCCACCCGGGACGCUGCUGGCGGAGAUGUCCGGCAUGCUCAUAAACUCCCACCCGGCGCUCGACUACCCCAGACUACUGCCGCCUUCAUUCAUCAACGUUGGAGGCCUGCAGGUCCAGCCACCCCAGCCUCUGCCACAGAGUCUGGAGAGGUGGGUGGAGGGCUCCGGGUCGGCCGGCACCAUACUCUUCACUAUGGGCUUCAUCUUUAAUUCUCGCGUCGUCCCCGCCCGUGUCAUCAAUAACCUCAUGAGCGCCUUUGCCAGACUCCCACACCGGGUGUUGAUGAAGCUGGAAGGGGAGCACCCCACGAUGCCCCCCAAUGUUAAAGUGGUCUCCUGGCUUCCUCAGCAAGAUGUUCUAGGACACAACAAGACUGUGUUGUUCUUCACCCACUGUGGGAUGCACGGAGUGCUGGAGGCCCUGCACCACGGAGUGCCCAUGGUGGGCAUGCCAGUCUUCGCUGACCAGCAGGACGUUCUCGUCAGGCUCGAGGAACGGGGCGUUGCCAAAGGCGUCCACAAGGAGGCCUCAGAGGAGCAGAUCUACCAAGCCAUUAUCCACGUCCUCAAUGACACCAGGUACCGCGAGAACGCUCGCCAGCUGUCGAAGAUAGUCAGAGACCAGCCGCAGGAGCCACUGGACCACGCCCUCUGGCUGGUGGAACACGUGGCCAGCACCCACGGGGCGCCCCACCUAAAGUUCUCCGCCAGGCACCUCAACUUCUGCCAGUUCUUUGGCCUCGACGUCCUGGCGUUCGUACUAAUGACUUCACUAUGCUCCUUCUAUUGCCUACCGCGGUUACUAAAGUAUCUGGUGAAUAGCUUCAUAUCUUUGGGAAAUUAUAAAAGCAAAUUAAAAGUAGCUUGAAUGCAGUUUCUUUAAAUAAUUUUGUUAGUAUACCUUUGCACUGGACUGGUCUGGAAGAAAGCAUUUUGCACAACCAUCUUAAAAAGUAAAACUUGUAAAUUGAAAAUUCAUUAAUAUACACAAUUGAGGAAGUGUAGCGAGUGCAAAACAUUUAGUGUGAUAUAAUUUGGGAGGUGUCUGUGCAUCGGUAAGUUCACUUCCUGCAACACGCCUAUGCUUCCUUCCCUUCACAAGGCAUUCUACUUAAUUCAUUCCCUUAAUUCAUAGCAUGUAAUUGGCACACCAGUUACAGAUCACCGUGGGAAAUGCUACUGUAAUCCUGCUGUAUGUUGAAGUAACGAAGGGAAAAUUUCAUAGUGAUGCUUAAUGACCGGCAGCUGUCCCGAUGCACUCAGUCAAAUAAAUUGUUUUAACAAAUAAAAAAAACUGCUUUCUUGUAACACAAUGCAAAUGCUUUUCUGUAGCAGGUAUUAAGAUAACUUUUCUUGCUCCACAUAACAGUACAGUAAAUUUGUUACAAAUGGUUACCAUGGAGUAAUUAAUCUAAACGGGUAUCUUUAUUAAAAGCAAACAAGUUGAGAGAUGCAUACUAAUAAUUUGUAUUUAUCAUUCCUAGUUUCUGUAAGCUAAGCCCUGUUACGAUGGUUAUUUUUUUAAAUAAACAAACAAAUAUAA